UCGAAAAGUACUUGCAUCUGUCAAAUCUGUCAAAAGUCAUAUACACAAAUUUUGCUUUCCUUCCAUAAACAUUAUAUUACAAACAAAUGAAAAACAAUUAAAAUUCAACGUUAAUUGUGAAUAUCACUAGUUUAAAUUAGAAACUGUUUGUAUUGUUUACAAUUCUGCAUACAUCACUCCUAAAAUAAUAAAAUUCUCGUCUAUUAUUGAAUUGAAUGAUAGAGUUCAAAUUAUGGAUUAAAUUUUACAAGAAUGGAGAGACCAAUUUUUAAACAGCAAAAGUUUAACCCAAGUGAAUCAGUAACGUAUCAUUUUGGAGAUAAUAAAAUAAUACAAGGCACAAGAAGGCCAGAAAUCGAAUUAAAUCCAGCAAUUUUUAAUAAUAAGUCACAAGAAGAUGAUGACGAUCAGGAAGAAAAGGAAAUGGAAUUUGAUUGUAUGCAACCAAAGAUUAAGAAAGAAGAGGAAGAGGAAGAUCCACUGAAAAUCGAUGAUAUUAAACCUGAUAUAAGUAAUUUAGAGACUGAUAACAAAUUAAAAAGAGUUGUACUAUUGAUUGCCAAUCGAAGGAAUGAAUUGGUGACGACUGAUACGGAACAAAAGCCGAAAAAAAGAAAGGGAACUGUUUCUAAUAAGAAAGCUUGUAAUAAUGGAUCAGUGGAGAAAAAAUUGAAUAAUUCUUCGGAGUCUUCUAAAAAAAUUCAAUCAAUAGUAAAUAACGGAAGAAAAAAGUACACGGGUUAUACUUUAUGGCGCAAGGAAACGCGAAUUGAUUUACAAAAGGUUAAUUCAGAUAAGACUUUUAGAGAAAUCUCGAUUAUCUUAGAUCAAAAAUGGAAAAAAGUACCACCACACGAAAAAUUUCAAUAUCGUGUUCGUGCAAAGGAAGUGAAUGAUAAAAUGAUUAGAACUAAUCAAGGAAAAAAAGAUGUAGUGAAAACCGUGAAAACAAUAUCACCUCCUGUCGAAUUUGAAGAGGAUAAAAAAAUAUCAAGAAAGGGAAGAGUAAUUUCAAAACCCACGAAACUUGCAGAUUUUUAUAAAAGUCACCUUGAAAAAAAUGAAAAAGAUUCUUUCAGGAGAACGAAAAAACAAUCAAGAUGAAGCCUAAUAUGAAA